CCACUCAAAGCUUUACAUGUUUCCGUGCCGCUGAAGAGGACUUACAUGUUGAUUUUCCGGGUCGCAACGAUGGAGGACUACAAGAAAUAUCUGGCCGAGCGCCUCUUCACGGAGGACAAGAUGGUCACUUAUCGCACCCUCAGUCGAGCGCUAAAGGUGCAUGUCAAUGUUGCCAAGGCAAUGCUCUAUGACUUCCACAGGUGGCAGAAUGCGAUGACCCACGGCAAGGUUCACGCGACAUAUCUCGUCUAUGGCACGAAGAAGCCGGAGAUGCAAGACGAUGGGGAUGUCGAAAUGUCCGGUUCGUCUCGCGAAGGCAAUACGGAUGAAGAGGUAUUCACACAGACUCUGAGCCUGGCUUCUCAAGACCGAUUGUCAGAGGUCCUGUCUACCUACCAACAUGUCACAUCGUUUCAGGUCUACAGUUUAUCGGCUCAUCCCCUAAAGCAAGUUCAACUUCUGUCGGAUGUCACACGAGAGGUAUUGGACUAUUCGCAUGAGGAUUCGGCGGAACGGAGUAAACAGUAUGGUUCCAUGUUCAACGCCCACAUGAGGAAGCGAGACCGUCACGGGAAGCGACCCCAAGCGGCGCCUGUUUCUUCUGCGAACCCCGUCGAGAAGAAAGCCGCCAUCACGCCGGCGAGUAGCAGCAGUGGGCCCAAGAAACCGACCGAGAAAACGACCGAGAAAACGACCGAGAAACCGACCGAGGCCGCCGCAAAGGUCAAGGAAGAACCGAAAGACACCGCCGUCAAAGAAGAGAAACCGCCAGCAAAGACCAGGAAAGCUGCCCCGCCUACCUUGAAGCGAGGCGCUUCCUCGUCGUCAGGCGGUAUCAUGUCCGCUUUCUCCAAGGCGGUAGCCAAAGCCUCUUCCAAAUCGGCCUCGGCAUCCUCGACGCCGAAACCCGAGGAGCAGACGACCCCCGUCUUGUCGGACGACGGCGAGGACGAUUCCGAGGCCGUCCCGGCGCCGAAGAAGGUCGCGGACGACACGGCUGCGAGGGCUAAGAAGCAGCGGGAAGACGAGCUGCGGCUCAUGAUGGAGGAGAGCGACGGUGAGGAGUCUGAGCAGAAGGAGGAAGACGAAGAGAUGGGAGAGGACGCGCCGAUUGAAGAGGCGCCGGAACCCGAAGUCGAAGCCGAAGCCGAAGCCGAAGCGGAGGCUGAGCCCGAGGCCAAGACCAAGUCGAAGAAGCGGGAAGCGGAGCCGACGGAGAUCAUUUCGGCCUCUGGAGAUGGUCGGCGGCGCGGCAGGCGUCGGGUCAUGAAGAAGAAGCAGACCGUGGAUAGUCAGGGGUAUCUGGUCACGAUCCAGGAACCCGGCUGGGAGUCAUUCUCGGAAGACGAAACGCCGUCGACGCCAGCGUCAGCGCCAGCGCCAGCGCCAGCCCCGACAUCAUCCAAGGCCAAGAUCUCUUCGACGUCGAGUCCGGCGGGGAGUCAAAGCUCCAAGGGGAAGAAGGCUGGGGCAAGGUCACAGGGGAGCAUCAUGUCUUUUUUCUCCAAGAAAUGAGAAGACGGAGGACGGAGGACGGAGCACGAGAGACAGAGAUGGCUUGCACUCGUGGUCCUCCCAGUAAUUACGAAGUAGUGCUGAGGAUUUGAUUCCAUCUUACCGAGUCC